AUGCUAGGAGCAGCUGGAGGCAUUCUUGGAAUGCUAGGAGCAGCUGGAGGCAUUCUUGGAAUGCUAGGAGCAGCUGGGGGCAUUCUUAGAAUGCUAGGAGCAGCUGGAGGCAUUCUUGGAAUGCUAGGAGCAGCUGGAGGCAUUCUUGGAAUGCUAGGAGCAGCUGGGGGCAUUCUUAGAAUGCUAGGAGCAGCUGGAGGCAUUCUUGGAAUGCUAGGAGCAGCUGGGGGCAUUCUUGGAAUGCUAGGAGCAGCUGGGGGCAUUCUUGGAAUGCUAGGAGCAGCUGGGGGCAUUCUUGGAAUGCUAGGAGCAGCUGGAGGCAUUCUUGGAAUGCUAGGAGCAGCUGGGGGCAUUCUUAGAAUGCUAGGAGCAGCUGGGGGCAUUCUUAGAAUGCUAGGAGCAGCUGGGGGCAUUCUUGGAAUGCUAGGAGCAGCUGGGGGCAUUCUUGGAAUGCUAGGAGCAGCUUUAGGCAUUCUUGAAUGCUAG